AUGGCUACCGCGAUCUCCGUUCCUGUCACUUUUCCCGAAGACAAAGUACCGACUACCAAGGAUGUCAGGGACAUUAUCGGCGCAUUUCUGACGGAGGAAUGGCCACCUGUGGAGUCAGAGACCCUGACUGUGUCAUACCAUGCAUCUUUUGUUAACGCUCACCGCCCCGUGGAGCGACCGAAGCCCGAUACUGCCACAUCUACUGAGCCCUUGAAGGUGUUCAUUAAACUCCAUAAUGACACCAGUGGUGGGCUCGAAAUCUUCGAGCCUCUGGUGCCAACCAAGCAUGAGGAAGCACUUUUCUGUUACGAGUACGGUCAAACUGAACUGGGGGCCGAAGUCUACGGAUUCUUCAAGACACAGGAUGGCACACUCGGGAGAGUCGAAGAGUUCCUGGAUGCACGCAACAUGGAACUGGAGGAUGUUGAGGAUUCGGCCAUCCGAGCAGAUGUUGCUAAAGGGCUGGCGAUAUUUCAUGCGGAAAUGUUGAAGGCACUCGGCAAGGAAGGAGGAGCGAUGAUCGACAACCUAGUUAGCUACGACUUUGGGAAGAGGCUGAGAAGUGUGGUGGACAAGCUGGCAUCUGUUGUGCGAAAGACCAGAUGGUGUAUACAUGAUGUCCAAUUCAUGAACGUGAUGGUGAAGAAUGACCCGAGGGAAGGGGAGAGCAAAGUCGUCCUGAUUGACUUUGAGUUUGUGAUGCAGAACUAUCGUGCAUUUGACAUCGGUGGGCACUUCAUGCAAAAGAUGUUCAAGUGGUUUGAUGAGGAGAGCAAGAUCGCCAAAUGCAGAAAAUAUACAGAGAAGGAAAAGAAACACUUCUGUGACGAGUAUGCCCGACAGUGGAACCAGCUGACAGGUGAUUCAGAUACCGGUGAUCAGGUGUUUGAGGAGUCCGAGUACGGAUAUUUGUUGGCCAUCACUUUCAACAUCCAUAAUAUGCUUUGCUUCAUGUAUGAACAAGGCGAUAAGGAUCCCUUGAAUCUCCAUAGAAAAAAAAAGGGAGGACAUGCACUCUCUUCUAUUUCUCUGUCUUCUUAUGCCUCUUCUUACGUGUGGUCCACUGGUGAGUAUUCCGCUCGGAGUUUCAGUGUGUUUGGAUGUGAAUAA